CAUUCAUUGCCUGUUUUCCAAUAUACUUUCCUCUUCUUUCAAGUCCUUCUUUUUUUUUUUUUUUUUUUCCCCUCCUUUCUUUCGUUUGACAGCUUUUUCUUCUCUAUAAUUCAAACAAAGCUAACCAUGGCUGCUAUUUUGGCUCUAUUUGUCAUGACUUUUGCUGCUGUGUUUGCCACCUCAGUUGCUGAUCCUGACUUGCUCCAAGAUGUUUGUGUCGCCGAACUCAAGUCCGCUGUGAAACUCAAUGGGUUCACCUGCAAGGACAUAGCAAAUAUAACAUCAGAGGACUUCUUCUUCGCCGGGCUAGCCAAACCAGGCCCAACAAACAACACCUUUGGUUCAUUGGUCACCGGAGCAAAUGUUGAGAAAAUCCCAGGACUCAACACGCUCGGUGUCUCACUUUCAAGAAUUGACUACGCACCAGGUGGUCUUAACCCACCCCACACACACCCAAGAGCCACUGAGAUUGUGUUUGUCCUUGAAGGUGAACUUGAUGUUGGAUUCAUUACCACUUCAAAUGUGCUCAUUUCCAAGUCUAUUAAAAAGGGUGAGAUCUUUGUCUUCCCAAAAGGACUUGUUCAUUUCCAGAAGAACAAUGGGAAAGACACAGCUGCUGUGAUUGCUGCGUUUAACAGCCAGUUGCCUGGAACACAAUCCAUUGGUGCUACGUUGUUUGCUGCAAAACCAGAAGUCCCAGACAAUGUUUUGACCAAAGCAUUCCAAGUUGGUACCAAAGAGAUUGAGAAGAUUAAGUCAAGGUUUGCUCCUAAGAAAUAGAGAGGAAUUUGUGUAUGUGUUAAUGGGGGGAUCAAUGUUUGUUGUUUUUUUCUUUUUUUGCUUCUUUUUUUUUUUUUUACAUUUGAUGGGGGGAAUUUGUGAUUUAUGAGAAUUACUAAUUGGAUUAUGGUGAAAAUAAUGUUAAAUCGCUUUUCUUUGAUA